AUGGCCAGGUCCAAAUGGAUCUCAUUCGCCGCGCAACAUGCUCUCAACAAGGACUCCCAGAAGUCCGCGCAGCCAGACCAGCCUGCGCCUUCUCCACCACCAGCGGAGGUUAAGAAGUUUGGCCUAGAGAACGCCCUAUACUUCUGCACACCCUUUAGGGAUCUUAUGCUCCAGGCCUCCGAUUCCUCAGCACCACAAGACUGUCCGGCAAUCCCGAUCGCGUCCACAGUAAAUGGCCUCGGGAACAAGCACCAGAGUCGGCCUCGACAGCCUGAGCGGAAACAGUCGACCUCGGUUAUUCCAACAGAGUCAACGGUCGGCUCAGCAUCCCAACCGUCUGCUACGCCCAUUCCCCCUUCGCCACCGACACUCUUCUCUGCACUACGGUCCUUAUUUAUCCAUAUAGCAACCCAGCCGGGAGACAAGGGCACUGUCGCCCCGAAAGCCUUCAUCGAUAAACUCAAAGAACUGAACGACAUAUUUCGAUCCACCAUGCAUCAGGAUGCACACGAGUUUCUCAAUUAUCUGCUGAAUAGGAUUGUGGAGGAGAUGGAGGUGGAAAGGAAGCAGACGCGAGGUUCGGUACAGGGCGAAGAUCUGUCCGGAUCAAUAGCUACUCUAGGUUCCAAAGCGCCGCCAACUCUCGCAAGCUCGACUUCUGGGACCAAUGCUCGGGAUGCAACCUUGGUUCAUCGGCUGUUUGAGGGAAUUCUGACCAGUGAAACUCGUUGCCUUACUUGCGAAACGGUAUCUUCCCGAGAUGAAUCCUUCUUGGACCUGUCCAUUGAUAUCGAACAAAACUCAAGUGUUACAGCAUGUCUCCGACAAUUUAGCGCCAGUGAAAUGCUUUGCAACCGCAACAAGUUUUUCUGUGACGCGUGCUGCGACUUGCAAGAGGCAGAGAAAAGGAUGAAAAUUAAGAAACUCCCCAAUGUCCUCGCCUUACACUUGAAGCGGUUCAAGUACCAAGAAGACCUAGGCCGGUACAUCAAGCUGACAUAUCGAGUCGCGUUUCCGAUGGAUCUUCGACUAUUCAAUACUGUGGACGACAUGGAGGAUGCUGACCGCCUAUAUCAUCUCUUUGCAAUCGUUGUCCAUAUUGGCAACGGACCGCAUCACGGCCACUAUAUCUCUAUAAUCAAGAACUGUGGAACCUGGUUCGUGUUCGAUGACGAUAAUGUCUACUCAAUACCGGAAAGUGAUAUACCCAAAUACUUUGGCGAUUCCAACUCCGGUUCUGCGUAUGUUCUCUACUACCAAGCCGACGACAUCGACCUGGUCUCUCUUGGCGUGCAACUACCAGAGCCUCCAGAACCGCCGCCCACUCAGGAGCCUGCAACCGAUAUCUCCGCCGGAUUGAAACCCCCAAUAACACUCGCAACCCAUGUCGUUGGACAUCCUCCAGGGCUGGAGCCUUAUCCACCCAUUUCCGAGGAACUCGAUGCACAAGACGCCUCCACUACAUUACCUGCACAGUCCCUAAUACCCGAAAAACCUACUACCCAGCUAACGCCCGUCAAUGUCACCGUUAUUCCAGACACUGCCGACCAGUCCCCUCCGCAGCCUGCUGUUUCUUCACCAUCCACGACACGCUUCGGCAACUUCCUGAAUACACUGCGAAGAGCCCCGUCCGCUUCCCUCGCCAAGGCUAACAUCUCUGCUACCACAAGUACCAGCACAACAGACAGCAGAAGAUCUGUAUCGGAUCGCUCCCCUCGGUUGUCAGCUUCUUCCCCGUCGCUUUCUGUGGGAGAAGAUAAUCAUUCCCAAACACCACCUCCCCCUGUGCCCCCAUUACCGCCAAACAUUCUUACUACCGCACCUCCCACUCCGCAUACAAACGGGGAAGACAAAGAGAAGCCGAAGAAAGAGGGUAAAGGCUGGUUUGGCAAACGGAAAUCUUUCAAGGCGGUCAGCAAAACGCCCACCACUGACUCCCCGACGGCCGUCCUUCCACCGUCUCCUAAUCGCCGAACUACCGAAGAACGCCCACCUCCACCCACACCUUCUAAUUCAAAUUGGUUUCGUCCAUUCGGUUCUUCCCAGCGAGAUAGCCAAACCUCAGAUCAUGGGCGAUCUAGAGACACUCUUCCUGAGGGUUCACAAUCCGAGCACUUAACACCACGAAAUGGACAUGCUUCUGGGGGAGGAUUGAGUCCAUACGACGACAUCCCCUCGACACCGGCAUCGACCUCCUCUUCAUUAAAUUCCGCCCCUGUAAACAGCCCUGGCUUUUCCUCGCUGCGAGCUUCCGCCCCUCCAUCGACAUCAUCUUCCUCUGGUUCCGUUCCCAAGAAACACAACUAUCAUCAUGGCGCAGACCGGCAUUCAUCAUCCCACGACCAGCACAAACCCAAAAAUUCGCGCAGCUCCUCCCCUUCGAAUGAUAACAGACAGCGGCCCUUCCCGUCGUCCAAGAAGUCUGGUGAUUUCGACCGGUCGCUCCCUCCAUUACCCCAUACCCCACCCACAACCUACCUCAAUCCCAGUUCCUCGACCGAGAACGGCCAUUUGAUACCAUUCUAUUCUGAGCCUGAACCCAUCACGUCGAACGGGUAUCAUCACCACUAUCACCAGUACAACGUCCAUCACAAUCAUCAUCAAGAAGGAGGUCAACAUUCAGCUACAUCUCAGUCUGCCCCGCCUACAUCCUUUCCUGAAGCCCUACAUCAACGAAGCACAACUCUACCGCCCACGUCUAUCGCUUCCUCUGUCGGAGCGAAUACGAGUUCGGGAAGUAAUUCCUCGUCGACGUCUGGGAUUCGGAAAGCGACGAGAAAGCUUAGCUUGACGGCGCCGAUGCUUGGGUUUGGACGAAGUAAAGACAAGAAGUGA